CUCCUCCCCUUCCCCUCCGCGGGAUCCUCCAACUCGUCUUUACCAUUCCCCCUCAUCUCUCAUCUAAUCCGAAGAAUCCACUUCUUGCAACCCAAGACGUGAUCACCCAAACUUCCAAAUAACUUCGACGUCACCGAUAACAUUUCCCCUACACACGGCCAGUCGCCGAGCAUAAUAUAACCAGCACCACACAGCACCACCAGCUCCCACAAUGUCGUCGUCCGUACUCCGUACCGCCAUGCGCCGCGCCGCCGCCGUCUCAGAGACCACGCUCAACGUUGCGCGCUCGCGCGCGACCCCGGUCCUCUUGCGCGCCUCGCCCGUGCCCAUCGCGCGCGCGGCCACGCCCUCGACCGCCGCGGCGUCUGCCCGCGCCUUCUCCACCUCGCCCGUCAGCUUCAAGGUCAAGCGCGACGCCUGGGCGGCCAACCCCACCAUCGGCUACGACGAGGUCAAGAAGCUCGCUGACCAGCCCAACGACAACGUCCUCCUCAUCGACACCCGUGAGCCCGACGAGGUCAUCAACGGCACGAUCCCCUCGGCCGUCAUCCUGCCCCUCUCGCGCCUCGAGGCGGCUCUUUCGCCCAAGUUCAACCCCGGCGACUUCCAGAGGGAAUUCGCCUUCGCCAAGCCCCUCCCAGAGCAGAACAUGGUCUUCUUCUGCCGCUCGGGCCGCCGCUCUGGCCUCGCGUGCGAGAUUGCCGAGCGCGAGGGUUACCCCAACGUGCGCAACUAUGUCGGCUCGUACCUCGAGUGGGAGGACAAGUCGAAGAAGGAGGGCAACGACAACUGGUAGGCGGUGACGUUGUUUUGUAGCGUAGUAUGGCCGGGAGGAGACAAUCAAGCAAUCAAAUCAAGCAACCCAAAGCGUAGAGACUGUAGCAGGUACCGAGCUGGACAAAUGCACUCGUUCUUGUGA